AUGGCUUUGCUAGCUUCCUGUUGGUUGCUGGUGGAAUCUUUCAUCAUCCCACAUGGAUUUCUCAAGUGGUUUUACCUCAGUUUCUAUAUCAAUCCAAUUUUGCUCUUGUUUUCCCAGAUUUUUCUUUGGUUCUUGAAGUUUCAUCACUGGCUUUUGUUCAUUUUAUACCACCUUUUUCCCUUCAGAAUCCUUAACAGAGUAGCCAUAAUUUUGUUGUCUUUGACUAGACCAACUCCAGCUGAUGUCUUCUACGAUGCCAUGGACCAAGAAAUCCCAGUACAAGAAUGUGAAAUUGUGCUUGUUUCUUUAAGCACCUGGAAUUCGACAUGUUCAUGGUAUCAGGUUAGUGAAACUAGACUUCAACCGGGAGCUAUCGAGAUGGGAAACGACUUCCAAGUUUGUCGGGAUUUUGACACGUACGGGGCCUCAGAAGAGACGGACCACAGUAGGUGUACUAAAAGUUCAUGGUUGGAUGAGUACUUGUCGUCGGAUCACUACAUUAGUAGCCUACUCUCCAACUAUGGUCUCGUUACAUCGUCUACUGAGAUACUGCUUGAUCGUGACAAUAGUACUGUUUCAUCUCGCUGCAGUUUCAAGGAUCAAUCUGAUGAUUUUGACCUCCACGGUUCUGACAAAGAUUCGAUGAAUAGUUGUCAUCGAGACAUAAGCAUCAAUCAAGAGUACUUCAUGGAUUCACUUGAUCAAGAUUCCGAUGUUGUUAGGCCUUCUCAAGAUUCGGCAGAUUUGUUUGCUCAACAACAGUUGAUGAUCAGCAGAAGUGUAAUACAACACCCCACAGAUCCAUUACACAAGAAGUACACAGAAAGACUCAGAUUCUUUAAUGUUCUCUACCAAGAAAGACUACAUGGACUGAAUGCAAUCCUGAACGAGCAAACAACGAGCCUGCGACAAGACCUGUCGAUGCAAUACAUCUCAUGGAGCAGAAUGGCAAGAAAGAGGGUUUUGAGGAGUUUAGAAUGUGAUUUCGAGUUGAUUAAUGUGGCUCAAUCUUGCCUAACCUGGGAUGCUCUUUAUCAUCAACAUCAAAAGGUUGAGGCUCUUACGUUAUUCUCUGACAAAAACAGAUUAUUUCAUCAUAGUAUUUUAGGACAAUUUCAAGAUCUACAAAUCCUGCUGGAGAGGUUUGUGGAGGUGCACAACUCUGAAAGGCAAAGGUAUUCCAAUUACACACAUCAAAGACUUCAUUUCCAGAGUCUACUCCGAGUUCCUGAUGUCACAGGAUCGAUGGAGGAAGGAGGGAAUAAUUACAGCACGGGAGGAGAAUUCAUGAGGGCAACUGAAGUAUUGAAGGCCAUUGAGAAAUGCAUACAAGCAUUCUGGUCAUAUAUCAAAACAGACAACACCAAAUCAGUGUGGAAAUAUCGGGGAAUUUGGCGGAGUCCUCCCCCCGUCCAAGACUCUCAGGACCUGCAGCUCCUGUACACCGUAACCAAAGCACUGCACAAGAAAGGGGUAAUGGUGAAAGAUGUGCAAGGCAAGAAAAGGUGUUGGCUAAGGAGAAAAGUGAAAGCAGUGGAGUCAGAAGCUGAGCAGAGAAAUGUUAUGUUUGCGAUGAUUGAGUUGAAGUUGGUUGGGAUGCUGCUCAGUAUGUCUCUCAUUUCUAGUCCUCAACUGAAGUGGUGUCAGCACAAACUCAACAACUUAGUAUUUGGACAAGGAAAAGUUUCGAGGGGUACUAUGAUCCAAUGUUUGUUUCCCUCUUCUUGAUUCUGUUUGUAAAUGGACACCUGACUUCAUAUUGCAUCUUCUUUUCAAUUAA